UCGAAAAGUUUUGCUUUUAAAAAGUGGUAAAAAAUGUCUCAAUUUCGUUUUGUUUGUAACUUUAAACAGUGUCGCAAAACACUUUUGAAAUCGGCAUAUGUUACAAAAUGUUCUCAUAUAUUUUGUAACGCACACGGUUUAAAUAUAACAACCGGUGAAGAGUUAAUAUGCCCAGUUUGUGGCAACCAUUUUCAAACUAUUCAAGACGUAAUUCGUGUUAACUUAGAACCUGAUGAAAUUACAAAAUCCGUAAUGGCAGCGGGAUUACGCCCCGAGAUAAUUAUGGACAUUGCCACAAGAGCAUUAGCAUUUUGGGGAUAUCAAGUUAAUGAAGAAAAUUUAUAUUUAGAAGCUGGAUUAAAAACUGCCAAUGAAAAUAUUGCAGUUUUAGAAAAAUAUUGUGAAAAUAGUCAUGCUAAGUAUAAAAGUGAAAUCAGUACACUCGAGCGCAAAAUUGAAUCUUUAAAUGAGGAGUUGGAAACUAAUAAAAAACGAUGUCAAGAUUUAAUUCAACAAUUAGAGGAAAAAUCGAAAUUGAUUUAUAAAUUGCAGCUAAAUAAUAUAACUGGGGGAAUUAGCAAACAGGAAAAUUCUCAAAUAUAUUGUGGUCCAAGGUUUACUCCUGUUCAAAAUCCACUAAUCAUGAAGACUCAAAUCAAUACCUUGAUUGCGAAACAAGAACAAUCACCAAGUUUUAAUAUUACUCAAAAUAAUAAUUUCAAUUUUAAACCAAAUCCAACAUCAAUAACACAUACAGCACAAUCGAUGCCUUCAUUUUAUCGUCGAGAUAUUGAACCCGAAAAAGAUUUUCAUUUCCAACCGCAGAAUAUGUAAUUCAAAUGAAGAAGCAGUAAAUUUAAUUUAUGCAACUUGUUUGUUCAUAUUUUCAUUUACAUCCAAAUUUUAGCUAAGGAGCUGACAUACAUUUGUAUAUGAUAGAGGGGAAUCCGGCGUUUUCGAGAUAUUCGGCUUUCAGCUGCUGGAAGAGGGUUAAUUAAAAUUUUUUAUUUGAUAUCUUAACUGGGUGUAAUUGAAUACCGCAAAUAAACUUAUAACAUGGAGUGGGUAAGGAGGCCCUAGCCGAUAAAUUUUAAUUUAACUCCUUCCAACAGUCCAAAAAAAUAUUUCGACGAAGUCGGAUUUCCGGAUCCAAUGUAAGAAGAAACAAAAUUCUUGUAUUAGAACCUACAGCUACCAACCUACCAACCAUCAGACAGUUAGGAUUUUUAUAUACAAAUUACAAAUGCAUGCUAGCUCCCUAAC